AUGCGGUAUCUCCACUGCAUGAUGCAGGUGAUGUCUCUAUCUGGUGACGUGCUACCACAGUACCGGCAAGAGGCACCGAAAACCCCACCACACAUCCUGCUGCACUACUGCGCGUUCAAAGCGAUUUGGGACUGGAUUAUUCUGUGCCUGACGUUCUACACGGCUAUCAUGGUGCCCUACAAUGUGGCAUUUAAGAAUAAGACGAGUGAAGACGUGUCUCUUCUCGUUAUAGACUCAAUUGUGGAUGUGGUGUUUUUUAUCGACAUCGUGCUAAACUUUCAUACCACGUUCGUCGGGCCAGGCGGUGAGGUGGUUAGCGAUCCGAAAAUUAUCCGCAAGAACUACUUCAAGUCUUGGUUCUUGAUCGACCUACUCUCUUGCCUGCCCUACGACGUCUUCAACGCGUUCGACCACGACGAGGACGGUAUCGGCAGCCUAUUCAGCGCGUUGAAGGUGGUACGAUUGCUACGAUUAGGGCGCGUGGUGCGAAAGCUGGACAGGUAUCUGGAGUAUGGUGCGGCCAUGCUUAUCCUGCUGCUCUGCUUCUAUAUGCUGGUCGCUCACUGGCUCGCCUGCGUGUGGUACAGCAUCGGUCGGUCAGACGCGGACUCCGGCCUUCAGUAUUCAUGGUUGUGGAAGCUGGCUAACGUGACGCAGAGCCCGUAUUCUUAUGUUUGGUCAAACGAGUCGGAUGGGCCCGAGCUGGUGAACGGGCCCUCGCGCAAGACAAUGUACGUGACCGCGCUCUACUUCACCAUGACGUGCAUGACCUCCGUGGGCUUCGGCAACGUCGCCGCCGAGACCGAUAACGAGAAGAUCUUCACCAUCUGCAUGAUGAUUGUCGCAGGUGCCGGAAUUCUUCUCUUAUUAGCCGGAGCACAGUGUGGCCCCCGCGCAGCUCCUCUUUGGGUGCUGUCCUGGGGGCCGCUUUCCUACCUAUCCACCUUCCUUUACAGCUAUUGGCAACUCUUCUGUCUUUGCUAUACUUGUUUACCCCUGUUGUACGCGACGAUAUUCGGGCAUGUGACCACCAUCAUCCAGCAGAUGACGUCAGCGACGGCCAAGUACCAUGACAUGCUAAACAACGUGCGUGAGUUCAUGAAGCUGCACGAAGUGCCCAAGGCGCUUAGUGAACGCGUUAUGGACUACGUAGUCUCUACUUGGGCAAUGACUAAGGGACUUGACACAGAUAAGGUGCUGAAUUACUGCCCGAAAGACAUGAAGGCGGAUAUUUGCGUGCAUUUAAAUCGCAAAGUUUUCAACGAACAUCCCGCGUUUCGGCUCGCGUCCGAUGGGUGCUUAAGAGCGCUCGCCAUGCACUUCCACAUGUCUCACUCAGCACCAGGGGAUCUUCUGUAUCACACUGGCGAGUCCAUAGAUUCGCUCUGCUUUAUCGUCACGGGCAGCCUUGAGGUCAUUCAAGAUGAUGAGGUUGUCGCCAUCCUUGGCAAAGGCGACGUAUUCGGAGACUCGUUCUGGAAGGACAGCGCGGUGGGCCAAUCGGCAGCAAACGUUCGCGCUCUAACCUACUGCGACCUCCACACGAUCAAACGAGACAGACUACUCGAAGUGCUGGACUUCUACCAGGCGUUUGCGAACAGCUUUGCGCGAAACCUCACCCUCACUUAUAACCUUCGACAUCGUCUUAUUUUCCGCAAAGUGGCCGAUGUCCGACGGGAACGUGAACUUAUGGAGCGACGGAAGCGUGAACCACAAUUGGAACAGGCGCAAGAUCAUCUCGUGCGCAAGAUAUUUUCGCGGUUUCGCCGCGAGCGCAGCGUGGCCGCGGCGCCGCCGUCGCAACCAGCACAAUCGGCCCAUACUACAGAUCCAGCACCUGAGGCGGACACUGCGCCCGAAAGUGCACAAGCGGGCAAUGCGGGAAGUGCGAGCAGUGGUGAAAGCAGCAGUGUGUCAGCUGCGAGAGGUAAAUGGGGCAGAUUGGUAGCUAGCGGUGGUUCCCUCGACGCACCAGACCCACCGCGCGCCGCAUUCACGCGUUCUCUCAGUACACGUGAUCGAACUCCGACUUCUACUCCAGCUACUACCGCCCCGACUAUUACAACGGUUGCGACUACCGCCAGCGAGGCAAAUACGACGCUGGCACCAACACUUUCACUUAAGGCGGCAUUUGGGCGCGGCCGAGCGAGUAGUGUUCUAAGCGGGGCAGCUAGACGCGAGCCGAUCCACGAAGAAGCAAGCCCAACCACCACGGCACCAGCAACGACGACAUCCACAAACACCACGAGUACUGUCGCGAGCAUAAAUACAGUAACAGUCAGCACGGCGGCAGCACUAACAGCUCAUGAUGCAGCUUUGGCGGAGCUAAGACGUGACGUGCGGAACGAGGUCCAGAGGUUGCAGCAUAAAUUAGCUAGAGUUGAAGAGCUACUCACCUUGUUGGCGACGCGGCUUGGUGCAGACCCCAACGACUCUAGUCUCGAAGCUUCCGGGGAUCGAGAGAGAGUCGAGAGAUCAGAUCGGUCAGAGAGGACAGACAGGCCAGAUAGGUCAGACUCCGCAUCAGCUGCCAGAAAACGUCGGUCAAAGGCAAGAAGCAAGGGCGCAGCGCCCCAAGUCCCAACGCCAACAACGCCAAGCGAAACCCCGAGCGAUAGCGGAGCACCCACGACGGUGCGGCGUCGCGAGUUCGUGUAG